AUGGAAACUAGUGAUGGUUUUACACCCAUAACGGCGAUAUUCUAUGCCAUAUUUCAUUCCACCGAAGGUACUAAGAUCAUCAACCAAGUUCCAGAGAACGCUAUCAAUUCAGGUCCCAAAUCAUUAUUCAAUUUCAACACUAUAAAAAAUUAUGUUAUACCGAAACCUCAAUUGUGUAAUAAAUUGAUAUCGUUUAAAGUAGGGAAAUAUAAAGUCAUUGGUUACCCAGUUAAUGUUCAAAACGAUUCCUACUUACGUAAUACAUUCAAGUUCAAUUUAUGUUUUGUGUUCCCCUAUAAUAGUGAAACUAUCAGUUACGAGUUAACUAUCAAGAGAAUUGGUAAAAUGUUUAAAGUGUUAGAAGAACAGAAUUUCCUUUUGUCGAGAUUGAAUGCCGAAAUGUUUAUCAAAAGUGAAAAGUUCCAGCAAAUCAACAUGAUCAAUGAAAUCCCUGGUUUCAAGAAUUUCAAACAAAUCAGUUUAAGUAGUAUUGAGAGUUUGAUAAAUCAAAUCUACCAAGAUUUGAACAAUUAUAGUGAAUGUUGUAUUCCAUUAGAUUCUUCUAAUUCCAUUGAUAUCAAACUUUUCCCUAUAUUACCACCUCCAUUGAAUAUCAAAGCCUUCCAAGUACCGAUUUUGUUGGUCAAUUUGAGUUCUUUGGUUGAUGUGAAUUGGGAUCCCACAAUGAUUAAAAUAUUACCUUAUAUAAAUGGGAUCAAUUCCAUCAAGAAGAUAAGUGAACUCUCUGAUUCAGAUUAUCUUUUAACUAAACAAUGUAUUCAACACUUAAUGCAUUAUAAGUGUAUCCAAAUCAUUGACAUUUUUCAAUUCUCCAAUAUUUAUGCUUCAACCAACAAUAUUGAUAACUUCUUGAAGAUCCCAGGUUUGGGAGAGAGGUGUCAAAGUUAUGUUGUUAAUGAUGGAUUUGCAGCUCCUUUACCAAGUUCCACACCACAAUCAACUAACCUUUCCCAGAAUCAAUCAAACAAUCCAUCACAGAACCAUUCAGUACAAAAUUCAUCCAUGGUACCUUCAUCGUCAUUCAAGAAGAAAUUCUCUCUCGCUGUAUCACCAAGUAAUACCAAGGAUACAAAAGUUAUCAAAGUACCAAGUAAGACUUUACUUUUCUACUUGUACAGAUCAUUAAAUCAAGGACAGACCAUCAAACAAUGGUAUAUACAGCAUAAGAAACAUUUGAAAAAUAUCGAUAUAAGGCGAUUCGUGAACUUCGGGAUCUUGAAUGAACUAAUUUAUAGAGUCAAUUCUUUCCCCAUACUAUCGGCAGUAACCAAAUCAAUUGAAAUAAGUAAUGAUGAUAUCAACAAAUUGAUAGAUGAUUUGAAUUUGAAAACCAAGCCUGAUGUUAACAUUAAUACUGCCAAUACUAAUAUCAACAUACCUACUACUGGAUUAGGCAUCAAAUCAGAGGAAAGUAGUCAUAUUAAAUCCAUUGUCAAUGAAAACAGUUACCAACGAAGAAUCAGUUUUAGUUAUGAUGUAGAAGAUGAUACCAAGAUCGAUACAACUCAAAGUAAAGUAAGUUCUGAAGAAAUGAAUGAACUUAUCAAAUUAGUUAAAUUAGUCAAAGGAUUUCAAAAUAUUGAUUCCAUUUGUACAGAAUUACUGAAAAGUAGAUUCGAAGUUGAAGAAAUGUUGGAUAAAUUAGGACUGAAUGGAUUCAUAAAUUCAUAA